AGUGUGCGGAGCAAUUCUACCUCCUCACUCACAGCAGGGUCCAGCUCCUCUAUCUCCUCCUCCUUUUCCAAGUGUUUGGCUGCUGAGCUGAGCCAGGUCCCACAGUGAGAACUGGCAGUGACAGAACAGGGCUGGGCUCAUCAGUGCAGUGCUGGGCUGCUGGGGGACUACUGAAUUACACAGAGGAGGGUGUCUCUUCCCCCCCCCCCCACCCUGGCCGCACACCUACAUCCCAGGGAAUACACUGCCAGCAGCACUCAGCUCACUGCCUGCUAUGGGAGCUAAAAAAGGAACAUGUCAUAAGAAAUCACAGGGACUGAGCUGUAUCUAGUGAGGCUGCUUCUGCUGCUGCUCUUCCCUGUAACAUCCACAGCCUCAAAAAAAAAAAGUCAUCAGAGAGAUCACAUUGCCCGACCCUCCCUAAGGACAACUUUUGUGGACCACUUUGCAGUAGCCGUGCCAUCUCUCCCAUCUUUUUUUAUUUUUUUGGAUUCCACCAUGGUAACCAGGAGCUGCCAUGCCUGUGACACCACCGUCAGGAUAUGUGCUGCCAUCUAAAGCAGUUUUGGGGAUCAUUCAUGGAUUGUAGAGUGCUGAGGACUAGAUGUAUCUAUGAGGAAUCCUUGGGCUUACAGGUUACCUCCUGUGCUGUGUCACCUUAGGGAAAGAUAAAGUUUUCUACUUAUUGCCACUUCCCUGAUUUGGGUGCCUGUCCCGCAUAUCCACUGCUGGAUUUUGGGAUUUCUCCUAUAUUGGGAAAACAUGGGCUUCCUGGUGGUGCCCCUGCUGUGUGGAUUGUUAUGCUGUCAGGUGUGGGGAUCCCGUCUCCGUCAAGAAGAUUUCCCCCCACGGAUAGUUGAGCAUCCAUCGGAUGUCAUUGUGUCAAAGGGAGAGCCAACCACCUUGAACUGCAAAGCGGAAGGGCGGCCUACACCCACCAUAGAGUGGUACAAAGACUUAGAAAGGGUUGAGACAGACAAGGAUGACCCCCGCUCACAUCGAAUGCUACUGCCAAGUGGAUCUUUAUUUUUUCUGCGCAUUAUCCAUGGGCGCAAGUUUAAGCCAGACGAAGGAAGUUACGUCUGUGUGGCAAGGAACUAUCUCGGGGAGGCUAUGAGUCGAAAUGCAUCUCUGGAAGUGGCAUUGCUCCGUGAUGACUUCCGGCUCAACCCUACAGAUGUUGUUGUGGCAGCUGGGGAACCUGCAAUUUUGGAGUGUCAACCCCCCAGAGGACAUCCGGAACCAACUAUAUACUGGAAAAAGGACAAAGUUAGAAUUGAUGAUAAAGAUGAAAGAAUUAGUAUUCGAGGUGGAAAGCUGAUGCUCUCCAAUACAAGGAAAAGUGAUGCAGGCAUGUACACUUGUGUUGGGACCAACAUGGUUGGAGAAAGAGACAGUGACCCAGCAGAGCUAACAGUCUUUGAACGUCCCACAUUCCUCAGAAGGCCAAUUAAUCAAGUUGUUUUAGAGGAUGAAGCUGUAGAAUUUCGAUGUCAGGUCCAGGGGGACCCACAGCCAACUGUCCGGUGGAAAAAGGAUGAUGUAGAUUUGCCAAGAGGAAGAUACGACAUCAAGGAUGACUAUACUUUGAGAAUCAAGAAGGCUUCCAGCAGCGACGAAGGGACCUUUGCUUGUAUUUCUGAAAACCGGGUUGGUAAAAUAGAAGCUUCUGCCACACUUACAGUCAGAGUUCGCCCUGUUGCUCCUCCCCAGUUUGUGAUCAGACCAAGGGAUCAGAUUGUAGCACAAGGCCGGACAGUAACAUUUGGAUGUGAAGCUAAAGGAAAUCCUCAACCAGCUGUUUUUUGGCAAAAAGAAGGAAGCCAGAAUUUACUUUUUCCAAAUCAGCCUCUUCAGCCCAACAGCAGGUACUCAGUGUCACCAACUGGAGAUUUAACCAUCACCAGCAUUCAGCGCUCAGACGCAGGCUACUACAUUUGUCAGGCACUGACUGUUGCCGGAAGCAUUCUGGCCAAGGCCCAGCUGGAAGUGACUGAUGUUUUGACAGAUAGACCACCGCCAAUAAUUCUACAAGGUCCAGCUAAUCAAACUCUUGCCGUGGAUGGAACAGCAGUGCUGAAAUGUAAAACUACUGGGGACCCAAUGCCAGUCAUAAGUUGGCUAAAAGAGGGAUUUAAGGGAUUCAUAGGGAGAGAUGCAAGGUUAUCCAUUCUAGACCAAGGGACAUUACAAAUUAAAGGUUUAAAGGUUACUGAUUCUGGCACCUAUACUUGUGUGGCUACUAGCUCUAGUGGUGAGACAACAUGGAGCGCUGUUCUGGAAGUGACAGAAUCUGGUGGUGCCAUAAUUAGCAAGAACUAUGAUCUCAAUGACCUUCCUGGAUCUCCAUCAAAACCUCAGGUUACAGAUGUCAGUAAGAACAGUGUUACCCUAUCAUGGCAACCAGGAUCACCAGGGAUUCUGCCUGUGACAUCCUACAUCAUUGAGGCUUUCAGUCAAUCUGUGAGCAAUAGUUGGCAAACUGUGGCCAAUCACGUGAAGACAACGCUUUACACUGUUAAAGGACUGCGCCCAAACACCAUUUAUCUCUUUAUGGUGAGAGCAAUCAAUACUGAAGGACUGAGUGACCCAAGUCCAAUAUCUGAUCCAGUGCGUACACAAGAUAUAAGUCCACCUGUUCAAGGAGUAGAUCACCGGCAAGUACAGAAAGAACUUGGGGAUGUGAUUGUACGGCUCCAUAAUCCUGUUGUUCUGACACCAACAACAAUCCAGGUCACCUGGAUGGUCGACCGUCAAUCCCAGUUUAUUCAGGGAUACAGGGUAAUGUACCGUCAGACUUCUGGUCUGCAGACUCCAUCUGCGUGGCAGAGCUUAGAGGUCAAAGUGCCUGCAGAGCGUAGCGCAGUGCUAACCAACCUGAAAAAAGGAAUUACUUAUGAGAUUAAGGUUCGACCUUAUUUUAAUGAAUUUCAAGGAAUGGAUAGCGAGUCAAAGUCAGCACGAACAACUGAAGAAGCCCCAAGUGCUCCUCCUCAGUCUGUUACUGUUAUGACAGUGGGAAAUAACAACAGCACCAGCAUCAGCAUCUCAUGGGACCCCCCUCCAUCUGACCACCAGAAUGGAAUUAUCCAGGACUACAGGAUCUGGUGCCUGGGUAAUGAGACACGUUUCCACAUCAACAAGACAGUGGAUGCUGCUAUUCGUUCCGUGGUUAUCGGUGGGCUAUUCCCUGGAAUUCAGUACCGCGUUGAAGUCGCAGCCAGUACAAGCGCAGGCACUGGGGUAAAAAGUGCUCCCCAGCACAUACAGAUAGGAAAUCGGAAUGAAGUUGUGAUCACAGAGAAUAACAACAGCAUAACAGAGCAAAUAACUGAUGUUGUGAAACAGCCGGCAUUCAUCGCAGGAAUUGGUGGUGCCUGCUGGGUAAUACUCAUGGGAUUUAGCAUUUGGCUCUACUGGCGAAGAAAGAAGAGAAAGGGUCUCAGCAACUACGCUGUUCAGUCUUUCACCUUUACCCCUGCAGAUUCCCCAGAUACAACCAUGCACCACAAGGUUGCACUUGGCACAAAGAAGGGGAGCUGGCACAAAACAGUUACAUUCCAGAGAGGAGAUGGAGGACUAAUGAGUAAUGGAAGUCGUCCUGGACUUUUAAAUGCGAAUGAUCCUAGUUACCCUUGGUUGGCAGACUCCUGGCCAGCUUCCAGCAUGCCGGUGAAUAACAGCAACAAUGGACCAAACGAUCUCGUUAAUUUUAGUUGUGGAGAUGUGCUGCCAACAGUUCCAGGUCAAGGAGAAAAAACAGCGACUAUGCUUUCUGAUGGAGCCAUUUAUAGCAGCAUUGAUUUUACUACAAAAUCUAGCUAUAAUUGCCCAGGACAAAUUGCACAAACCACGCCAUAUGCUACUACGCAGAUACUACAUUCCAACAGCAUUCAUGAGCUGGCAGUUGACUUGCCUGAUCCACAGUGGAAAUCUUCCAUUCAGCAGAAAUCUGAUCUCACUGGAUUAGGCUAUUGCCUUACUGACCAAGGCAAAGGGAGUAAUGCCUUACUUUACAUUCCUGACUAUCGAAUGGCUGAGGGAUUGUCAAAUAGAAUACCCCACAACCAGUCACAGGAUUUCAGCACCACCAGCUCUCACAACAGCUCAGAGAGAAGUGGCAGCCUUUCAGGUGGAAAAGACGGAAAAAGGAAGAAAAAUAAAAACAGCUCUAAAAUCUCUAAAAACAAUGGAUCCAGUUGGGCCAAUGUUCCACUUCCGCCCCCUCCCAUCCAACCACUGCCAGGCACUGAAAUAGAACAUUAUGGCCUUGAACACCAGGAAACAGGCUAUGACACCAAUGGAUGGUGCCCACCUUUGCCAGUCCAGACCUACUUACAUCAAGGAUCAGAUGAUGAACUAGAAGAAGAUGAAGAGAGAGUCCCUACACCCCCUGUACGUGGGGUGGCAUCAUCACCUGCCAUCUCAUUUGGACAACAGUCAACAGCAACCCUCACACCAUCACCACGUGAAGAAAUGCAACCCAUGCUUCAGGCCCACCUGGAUGAAUUAACAAGAGCUUACCAGUUUGACAUUGCAAAGCAAUCUUGGCAUUUACACAGCAAUAACCAGCCCCCAUUGGCCCCAGUUCCACCACUUGGAUAUGUGUCUGGGACAUUUAUUUCUGACUUAGAAAAAGACAUUCCAGAUCAAGAAGAAGAUGAAAUUGAAGACGAAUCUAUAGAAAUAACAAGGCCCCUCCGAGGUUUGGAACACACUCCCGGUUCUAGUAUGGAUAAUCUCGACAGUUCUGUGACAGGUUCAAUGGUAAAUGGAUGGGGUUCUGCAUCUGAUGAGGAUCGGAACUAUUCUAGUCAUAGAUCUAGUGUAGGUAGCGCAACAGAUGACUCGAUAAUUGCAAGUGGCAACUUUGCACAAUCACUGGUUGCAGCAGCAGAUAAAGCUGGUUUCUCACUAAAUGGAAACAGCCUAUCUAUAGCAGGCAAAAUGAACUCCUUUUCUCAGAGACCCCGGCCUGCCAGUCCCUUUUCUACUGACAGUAACACAAGUUCAGCUGUGAAUCAUAGUCAGAAGUCACGGCCCACUAAGAAACACAAGGGAGGCAGAAUAGGUCAGCAACCCAUGCUUCGCAGAGAAGGGAUUGCAGAUGAUUUGCCUCCCCCACCUGAUCCUCCACCUUGUCAAAGACAGCAAAUCAUGCCCAGUCAACGUGGUGGAGGUCCUACAGAAAGAAAAGCCAGUUCUCUUGAGAGGCACACAUCAAAUAUGAAUGAUUUAAAAACCUCAUUAGACCGGCAUGGCAGAACAUCCUUAGAACGGCAGCGACAAACACAGGAAUGGCUUGGCUCAACAGAAAGGCAGAACAAGCAGGCAUUUGGAUCUGAAGAGAUACUAAUGCCAUACAGUAAACCUAGCUUCCCAUCUCCAGGAGGGCACAGCUCCUCAGGAACAGUCUCUUCAAAAGAAUCAACUGGACCCAGAAAAGGGGAGGUUUUGAGAGGUCACCAACGUAAUGCCAUUGACUUUCUUGAUGUAGGAUAUUUGGGGCCACACAGUCAAGGACAGUUUACAGGUGAAUUAUAGUACUGAAAGGAUACAUCACAAGCUGCUCUGUAGGCCGCCUGGCCUGGACUGAUGGUCGUGAUGAUAUGAAGCUAAAUAAAAACCCCCAGUGCAAUGAACAUUUUCGUUAUUUAUGUACUAUUGGAAGGACUGUAAAUGCAAUGUAUAGACACAAAGUCACACAUAUCCCCACAAAUAUUUUGCCUUUUUGUCUUUUGAAUACACCAUCCACCUUAACUAUUUCUUGCCAGGAAUACACAAAAGAAGAAAACAACAAAAAAAAAUCACACCAAGGAUAAAAGAAUUUUGCUUUGUAUAUAAUUUCUUUUGCUGCAUUGCUAUGCAAGCUUGCCAUCUUUUAGCUCCAUUCAAUGGUCUGUUCUUAUUGUACUAUUGUACUAUACUGUAUGUGAAUUAAUAGGCUGUGGUGCCAUAUACAAACUUUUUUUUUUUGGUUUAAACUGUGUAACAUUCAUGUUUUCAACUUUUGCACUGCAAAUUUUAUUUGACGAUAAGCACAAAACUUUACUCCUUGUGAAAUGAAGAAAAGAGACUGUGAAGGGAGUUUCUGUACUGUACAGUAGCACUGCCUCCAGGCAGCCACGCAAAAACGCCAUGGAGGGAUGGAGUUCCACUUUAAAGAAAGGGGGGGAGGAAGCAUUAAAAAAUGGAAAAAUUGGAAGAACAAGGAAAUAUAAUAAGCAAUAUGUUGUUUUUGCUUUGAAUAUGGUAAAAAUCAAUGUCAUUCUAACUAAAAUCAAAGUAGUACGAAUACAUGUGAUCACAUGUUGGUGUGUAUCUCCACCUUGUGUAUGUGUGGAUAUGGACAGAGCAGAGUUAAAUGAUGCAUCUGACUUGCUCAGAGCUCCCCAUUCAUUUUAGUUUGUAUAAAAGGGGCGUGUCUGUAAGCCAAUUGCAUGAAUUAAGCCUGCUCUAUCCGUGUAUAUACAUGCAUUACGCAUUUUCAUGCAGCUGCAUAGGUGAUUCAUUUCCAAGUUGUUUAACGCAAAUACUGAUUUAAUUAAUUAAUUACCAUUUUUACCACAAUAAUAAAGUAAAUUAUUACAAACACUA